AUGGUGCUUCUGAAACAUGCGUCCAAGGGGCGAGCCAUUGUUAGGAGGGUGACUGGCGGUGCUAGGCUAGUAUGCAGUGGGGGCCACGACCAUGCGCCGGUUGCACGCGGAGCGGUUGCUCCAUCGGCGGACGCCCCGCCCUGCGGUGAAUCCCACCUACGCGAGUUCACCAAUGGAGACAAAAUCGUGUACGACAAUGCAGAAGACCUGCGCAAGUUCUGCGACAGAAAAUUUAAGAAGUUUCGAUCCGAGCUAAACAUAUUGACAUCGUCCAACAGGGAAUAUGUGCCGUACCACUUGUUUGACUUCUUCCUCCCUCACGGGUCAUUCGAGGAGGGGGUGCACGAAAAAUUGGCCCUCAAGGUGGAACAGUUAAAAGGGGCACAAGCGAAUUUGCUGCAAAACGGGGAAACAUGCCUCCCCAGAGAUGACAGACUUUACAGUGACAAGGGUGACGAUUGUUCCCCCUAUGUUUUGCCACACUUGUCCGACUCUAUUGUGGGGUACGUGGAUCAGAAUGCAGACCACGCAGCAUGUGUGCAAAAAAAAAAUAUAUUUUUUGGGGAGGGAAACAACAAUGUGGAGAAGAAGAAUAACAUAUUGUCCUUAUUGCAAAUGAAACAAAUUAACCAUCUAGACAUGGACUCGUAUAUAAAAUUAAGUUUACAGAGGAACUUCCACAUGAAAUAUUUGACAACAGUUCAGUACUGUUUAUUUCCAUUGUUUGUAAAAAAUUACGACAUUUUAAUUCACUCCGUUAAAGGCACAGGGAAGACGCUCUCUUACUGUCUCCCACUGGCACACAAAAUAAUUGCACAGUUAGGUAAACUUAAAAGAGACUUUCCUCAUUUGAAGGACAACUACGUCCUUGCGCUGAUUAUCUGUCCGAACAGAAUUCUCGUCGAACAAACAUAUGCAAUUGUAAAAAAAUUACUCAUGUACCAUCCGUAUGGCAUAAUAUGCCACUACAUGCAUGGAAAAAAAAAUAUGAACAUGCAAGGUGAAAUUGAAGAACUAAAAAAAAAAAAACCACACAUUAUUGUGACCACUCCAGCUACUUUCAUUAAUCAUAUGAAAUUCACCUCUUCCUUCAAAGACAUGCUUUUUUUAUGUGAUACCAUCGUCGUGGAUGAAGCGUACUUUCUAUUAAAUUCAAAUUAUUUACACAACGUUUUAACCAUUAAAGAUGUGCUGCCCAAGGGACACCAAACCGUUUUAUUAACCUGUCAUGUUAAUAAUUUUUUAAAACACUUGGCCUUCAGAUUUUUGCGCCUCAAUUAUGUCUACCUAAAUUUAGUGCACAACUGUGUGUAUGAUGAUGACACUUUUGAGGCUGCCGUUCGGGGGGGUAAACACCCCCAGUGUCACUACGCAACAGAUGGGAAUGAAGAACGGAGCGACCUUUCAAAUCUUACCAAUCGGGCGAACCCCCCAUUUCAACUGUACCACCGAUUGAACGCUCAGCUCCUCUCCAUCCACAAAAACAACAUACUGAAUUGCACCCAACUAGAAAAACUUUGGUACUGCAAAGACGCCAAAACGUUUUAUGACCACGUUAAUGCAUUCGAUGCGUACCUUGUAGGGGAGCCAGGCCACCCGACACAAGGGGCAAGCGUCAAUGAAGAAGGACCAACUCGCAGCGGGAUACAUACUUCCUGGGAAGGUAAAACUACUACAGAUGAGCGGACAAAUUCGAGCGGUCCACUGGAACGAGAAAAUGAAACACUCCCUCUAGAAUAUACACAUAAAAAGGGUGAAGACAAAAAGAGGGAAGAACCUUUGGAAGAGAAAAAACAAAAGCUUACACUGAACAACAGCGAUUACAAUAACUACACACAGUUCAGCCGAACACACGCCAAUUAUGAACAGAACAAAGGGAGAAAUAUCCCCACGCACAUAUUCCUAACACAAGAGUACUUAAUAUACGAGUCGGAUAAACUUGCUUUAUUAGUUUUCAAUAUUCUUUGCAGAGAGCUCCUCUCAAGUGAGCAUAUAAAGAUAGUGCUCUUCAUGCCCACUGUAAAAAUGAUCCAAUUCUUUUAUGUCAUUUUCAAGCACUACAUUUUUAAGGGCUACCUCUGUUUGCUCUACCUGCGCGGAAAGCAAAGGGCCCACGGGGGGUACAUCAAUAUGAAGGGAAAUAACAGCAGCUACUACCACGGGGUGGGUGCCCACUCGGACAGUGUCGCUGCCCCCCCGCAGUACCAUCACUACGAUAAGGAUCACGUAACCUUUUCAGUCUCCUCCACCCCUUUUGUUAUGGCCCAUCCAGAAGAACUGCACAGCGCAGCAGAAGGGGAGUCCAAUGGUGGGAAUGGUUCCAUCGAGUUAGGGGAUAGCACAACGGACAGUUCGCUCAAUAUGGAGGGCCCACACUUAAACAGCGGCAACGCACACAAUGAACAGAGCGUGUGCGACCCUGUUGAUGAUAAGUACCAACGUGAGUACGAACUGCUAAAGGACGUCAUAUUCUCCUGUCUGCACUCCAAAUUGAGUAUAGAUAAAAAAAUGUACACCCUGAACAGAUUUAACAACUCGGAGGGGAAGACCAAACAAGUCUUAUUCGCCUCCUCCUUGUUGUGUCAAGGAAUUGAAUUAGACAAGGUCGACUUGGUAAUACAGGUAGGGGUUUGUACAACUGUUGAUGAAUACGUUAUGAGGACGAAUCUCGCCACAUCGAAAAACACCAAGGGACGGAGCCUGCUCUUGUUAAACGAGUUAGAAGGGCAUUAUUUGUUCACUCUUUACAAAAACAACAUUAUGAUUAGCAGCAUCAGUAAGAGGUACUUGAGGGAUAUAUAUAAGGAUAACCCUUUGUUGGAUGCUUUGUUGAAGUAUAAACGCAGGGGGCUCAGUGUGCCAAGUGGGUGUAGUGAGGAUGAUCAACACUCAACGGGGCAAUCCGUUAGCGAUAUGAGAAAAGACGAUGAUGUAGGUGACAAACAGGGGGAAAAGCAUGCACUUGGGGGGGAAAAAUUCGCUCAUGAGGAGAGAAAGGAUCACUAUGCUUAUAACCCCCCACUGAGACAUAUCGAAUGGCACAAGCACGAGCACCUGCUCUGUUCGUGCGAGUUGAUGUACAGAUCGCUUCUCGGGUUUUAUUGUCAGCAAGACAAAUUUCUCAAGUAUGAAAAAUGGCAAGUACCAAGUUUAAUUAAAAGUAUGAUUUACUCCUUUGGCUAUUUUGAUAAUUUUUAUGUAACGAAAUCGAUGGCUGCGAGACUUCAAAUUUUAAAUGCACCUGACCUGUUCGUAAAGUUUAAUGCCACUCCUCGGAGUGUGCUCAUGUCUGCUCUGCCAUCUUACAAGGGGUACAAGUCCCAGAUGAAUGAACUUUUGCGGAAAGGCCGCGUAGGUGGUCGGUCAGGUGGAGUGUCAUCGUCUGGGGAAGACCCCCCUUUUGACACAAAACAGGGGGAAGUCAACUUGGAAGAAAAGGCGAAAAGACGCGAAAGUGGGGAUUACGAAAGGCAUCCCCUGUAUUUCCCCAUUCGCACGUAUUUCUCCUAA